UUUACAGGGAUAAAAGUUAAAACUGGGGUCACUCAGCCCUGUUAAACCCAGUACGCACCCAAAUACCAGUUGUGCAAAGUGUCUCUCAGCAGAAAGAAGCAGUCUACUACCUAUAGACACACCGUACCUGUUAGAAGAACACAACCAAGAUGAGGGCAGGCGAUGUUCUCCUCGUCUUGGCCACACUGACUUCAGUCGAGUUAUCAUACACACAACAAACGUGUGGCGAAAUCACCUUAACCAACACGGUUCGCAGCGGGUGUGAGGCGCCAUUUGAGUUGGGUGAGACUUGCCAUUUCCAGUGCCGGACAGGCUGCGUGAGGCGGAGGGGACGCCAUAACCUCACCUGCAGGAACAGACGGAAGGGCCCCAGAUGGGCCGGGAGGCGACUGAGCUGUUCAUGCACUCCCUGUGGCAGCAUGCCAGCCGUACCUAACACCAGCGUCACCGGUUGUGCAUCACCGUACUCUGCUGGAGAAACCUGCACCUAUCAAUGUAACGCGGGGUUCGUCGCAGACGGAGGGGAUGCCAAUAGGACCUGUAUCAAUGGACGGUGGGGCGGCAGAAACCUGAUCUGCAGCAGCAAUGGCUGUCCCUCUCGACCGACCGUAGCCGAUACAGUCGUCACAGGCUGCACGCCCCCUUACGAUGCGGAGGAGACCUGCACGUACCAGUGCAGCUCAGGGUUCAGGAGUGCUGGCGGCGACAACACAAGGACGUGCAGGGAUGGUGACUGGACUGGGACAGACCUCGUCUGCGAGAGCAAUGGCUGUCCCUCUCGACCGACCGUAGCCGAUACAGUCGUCACAGGCUGCACGCCCCCUUACGAUGCGGAGGAGACCUGCACGUACCAGUGCAGCUCAGGGUUCGAGAGUGCUGGCGGCGACAACAGAAGGACGUGCAGGGAUGGUGACUGGACUGGGACAGACCUCGUCUGCGAGAGACAGGCGGUCUGUGAAAGUACAACAAUGCUGUCUGGUGUCUCUGGUGCCUUCACGAGUCCGGGAUAUCCCAAUAACUAUCAAAACAACCAGCAGUGUUCCUGGAAGAUAACAGUAGCUCCUGAGAAGAUCGUUGCAAUCAGCUUUACGGCUAUGGACAUCGAAAACCACCAUCGGUGCGGUUAUGACGCCCUCGUUGUGUACGACGGCCCGACCUCGGCCUUCCCGGAGGCAGGGAGACGGUGCGGCAGCAAUAAAGACCAGAUUCUCACCACCGGCCAUGAGGUAUUCCUGACCCUCACAUCGGACGGCUCCAUCACGGGAUCCGGGUUCAGCGCGUCCUUCAGGGCCGAGGAUCCGCCCACUAUAGCACCAACCUGCAGUCCCGGCCAGUUCUCGUGUCUGAACGGAAAUUGCAUCAGCAAUAACGUACGCUGUGACGGAAAUGACGAUUGCGGAGACGGAAGUGACGAAAAAGCCGAACGGUGUCAGUCAGGAUGUGGCAGCCCGGGCUUCAUACGAGGUGUCUCUGGCUCUUUCACUUCGAUGAAUCAUCCGAGUCAGUACUCCAACAACGCGAACUGCGAGUGGACCAUUACCGUCAGCGACACCAAGGCCGUCCAGCUGACCUUUGACACCUUCGCCUUGGAGGGAACUCCCCCGGGAUGUUCUUACGACAGAGUCGACAUCAUUGAGAAUGGCGAACGAGUUGCAAGAGGUUGCGGUAAUGCUGCGCCUGGCUACGUCUCUACCACCAAUCAAAUAAGGGUAUUGUUCAGAUCUGAUGGGUCCGUCACUGGCACAGGAUUUCUGGCAAGAUUCAGGGAGGUUGAACCGUCAGCGACCCUCCCCCCUCCUCCCCCUCCUCCGGCAGGGUGCGGAAACCCCACUGCCCUGCCAGGCGACUCGGGCUCUUUCACCUCCCCAGGCUACCCGAGCCGUUACCCCAACAAUGCCGAGUGCUCCUGGACAAUCUCUGUUACCCCAGGAAAAAUCGUCGUCAUCAGAUUUGCAUCGUUCAGUUUGGAGGCGUCGGGAUCAUGCAACUACGAUGCCCUGACGUUAUAUGACGGAACAGACAGAAAUGCCCCGGAAGUCAAGAAGUUAUGUGGUACACACUCUCGCGAGAUCGCCACGACCGGAAGUGACGCAUUCCUGCUCUUCACAUCGGACGGAUCCGUGACGCAGUCCGGCUUUUCCGCAACCUACACCGCCGAGGACCCACCGCCGACGUGUUCUCCUGUGGAGUUUACCUGCUUUGAUGGGACCUGCGUCAGCAACGGGGCCACGUGCGACGGACGUAAAGACUGUGCGGACGGAAGUGACGAGUUUGGGUGCAUCAACCCGGGUGCAUCCUGUGGAGCUCCGCCCAUUCACCCUGUGUUCCCGCCGCUGAACCGGAUCGUGGGCGGCGAAGGUGCCGUGUCCAGCAGCUGGCCGUGGCAGGCAUCUCUCCAGACGUCCGCUGGUCACCGCUGCGGCGGGACGCUGAUCACUCCAGACUGGGUGGUCACCGCUGCACACUGUGUGGACGACAAUACCAACCCGGGUCGCUAUACUAUCGUCCUGGGCAAGCACCACACCUACAGCAGCGAUGAGACCGAGCAACGCUUCAGCCUCUCACGGCUGAUCAUGCACGAGAACUACGCCUCCAGCCCGGUCCCCAACAAGGAUAUCGCCCUGUUGAAGCUGUCCCAACCCGCCACCAUAAACCAGUACGUGCGGACAGCGUGUCUGCCGCAGGACGCAGAGGACAACCCUACACCAGGAACCAUGUGUGUCAUCACAGGAUGGGGAAACACCCAGGGUACUGGAGACGACGACGUUUUGAAGCAAGCUCGCGUGCCGGUGGUCAGCAACGCGGCCUGUAGAAAUGCCUACAGCGGCAGGCAGAUCUCUAACUUCAUGAUGUGUGCAGGCCACCCAGAAGGAGGCCAUGACACUUGUCAGGGUGACUCCGGCGGCCCGCUGGUGUGUUCCCGCAGAGGGACCUGGGUACUGGACGGCGUGACCAGCUGGGGGGAGGGCUGUGCCGUGCCGGGGUACCCCGGGGUUUACGCCAGCGUCAGCUCGCUCCUCGACUGGAUCAACCAGAAGAUCGAAUAGACUAGAACUACUAGAAUCUUUCUGUCAAGAUCAGCUGGACCUCCUAUGGUUGGAUAGCGCAGCUGGCAAAUUACCCCCCCCCCCCGUAUAUUAAUUUUCUAAAAUAGCAGUCACGUGUGCUGCCCGCCAUGUUUGAUGGUUAAACCAGGAAGUUGCCAGGUUAUAACGUGGAUGUAAAUGUGUUAUUGUAGGUGCACAUGGCUGAAGAUACACAUGAUUGCUGUUACACAUACACAUGCAACACACAUGCAAAUUCUAUGUGUCUGAUUACUUCAGGUUCAGCCAACCAACAUGGCGGUUGUAACAUCACGUGUAAACACCAUAUAGUUACUGUUUCUCAUCAUAUAUUUAGAUGAAAUAUCAUUGUCAUGUUUUACGUUGUGAUAUGGCUGAUGUAACUGUUAUAUACGUGUAUGUAUGUAUAUAUAUAUAUAUAUAU